GUUAUGUUAUGAGCAUCGUUUAAAAUUAAACCAUUGUUUUAUAUUCGACAUUGUUCUUGUUUUAAUUGUUUAACUUUGAUCUAGGGAUUGUUUUCGAUGUUACUUUGUUGGGCAUAAACAAUUGAUAGUUUGCGCGGCGCGCGUUUUUACGAAUGUUUUUUGCGCGGUGCGUAGUGGGGGUAGGGUGGGGCCUGCGGAGACUCGUCCCUCUUCUAGCGUAUUUUGAUUUAGUUUCCGAGUCUCACGCGGGCGCCGCGUUUUUUCAGUCGCGCGACGACCGCGCGGCCUCAACCACCUUUUUGAGUUUUCCCGCGUUAAAUUUUCACGUACUUUUCAGGUUGGAAAAACGUUGAACUCGUGUAAAACUGUGAAGUGAGUGACUAUUCUGUGACCAUUGGUGACUGUGUGCUGGCCUGACUCGAUUUUGGAUGUCUUAGAUUAAGAUGUUACAAUUGUUGGCUGAUCUUGAAGACUGAUUAGUUUUACUAUAUGAAGCCAACUAGUCAGAAAAUGAGUGAUCCAUGAAGCGGAAACACAGGUCGUUUUCGAUUGAAGGCGUUAGAGUUUACGCUCUGCGAUGACUGCGAUGGCGGCCCACCAGGAAUCCUUGCACGAGAGGCUGCAGCCGGUAGAAGAGCCCCUGUACCUUCACCAUGGCGCGCCCUGGCCCGAGACCGCCGACCAGCAGGACGAGCACAGCAUCGACGCCUCUCCCUACUACAACAUGCCAAAAAGAAACAAGAGGAAGAACUUCAAACCACGAUGCGCUCCCAACGCCACGACCUUCUCGGACGACUCCAACGGAGCCAAUGGCGACCGAAGCCCCGUCAACGGCAACGAAAGAACCACACCCGAACAAACAGAAGAUGAUUACCCUAAAAUAGGAGUAACGAAUUUUAAUUUUCUCAAAGGAGUCGCUGUCGACCUAAGUAGGAGACUAAGCACCGACUCCAACGAAAACAUAGAUACAAAUUACCAAAAUAGGUUACCCGAUGACAAAAAGAUUGAGUCGUUCCAGCGCUCGUAUAUAGAUAGCUUACAAAUAAGCCAAGACGGCCAAAGGGAUCGGACCGUCCUAAAUUUUAGUAAUUUACAAAAUAAAUCUUUCUGUGCCAAAAAUCCUUUUGCAAUAUCUCAGUUAAUUAAGACAAACUCGCCUCCUAGAAGAAGGGAGUCGGAAUCUGAUGAUGAUAAUAAAGGUCAAGAUAUUAAUGCAAAUGAUAGGUUAGGAGAGAACCAAGAACCAAUGGAGGUUAGUGAGGCCCAGCAGAAUGGAGAUGGGUCAAACGCUACUAACAAAAUGUUACGGGACUAUGCAAUGAACACGAUGAAGGAACUGCUAGGGAUUUAUGGAUUGUCUUCCAAUGAAGUAGCUGACGCUAUAAGCGGACAGAUCAGAGCUUUGGAAGCACUCCAAGGUAAACCUUUUACCCAACUGCCUCUGAGUUUGAAACGAAGGCACGAUUCUGGAGACGGCGACAAAAUCCGUAGAAGGUCUUCGUCAGCGACUGAAGAUGAAGGCUCUACUAAUAUAACCCCACCGAAGACACCUGACAAUGACAUGGAGGCUCAAAGACAAAGAGCGCUCCAAAUAAUCAACCAGCAGUCAAUGCGGCUGUUUGGCAGGACUCCCGAAGAAGAAGGGAGCGGUUCUGAUGAUGGAGAACAAACCUUGGACUUGAGCGUCUCAAGAGACACUGACGGACAGGAACAAUCAACGACAUCUAGCGCCGGCAACAGCGUGUCGGAGUUCGAGCAGCAGAGCUUGCUCAUGCGCAAGAAUCUCGAGGAUUUAGCUAAUCUGCAGAUGCAGGGUUUCUUUCCAAAACCAAUGACUGAUGCCGACGAUUCGCAAGAAAGAAAACUGCAAGCAAGCGGUUUGCUGUCGGCUUUGAAUCAUUUGGAUCAAGCGCGGAAGAAUUCUUUGCAAACGACGGUGGAUUACUCUAGAUAUGUCAAAAGGUAUAGCUCAACCCUGGAAUGCGGUUCCUCAUACUGCAAGGAUCUGGGCUACAGAGAACACUUCCACUGCAUGGACUGCCCGGCCAGGGUGUUCUGCAAGAAAGAAGAGAUGAUCAGGCAUUUUAAGUGGCACAAGAAACGCGAUGAGUCGCUUGCGCACGGAUUCAUGCGUUACUCCCCCCUGGACGACUGCUCGGAGCGAUUCAGCGACUGCCCUCACAACCGCAGCCAGACGCACUACCACUGUAUCCAGGAUGGUUGUGAUAAGGUGUACAUCUCCACCUCAGACGUGCAAAUGCACGCCAACUACCACCGCAAGGACUCUGCUAUCCUGCAGGAAGGUUUCCAGCGGUUCAGAGCCACCGAGAGCUGCGCGGCUCCCCACUGCGUGUUCGCUGGCCAGAGGACCACGCACUUCCACUGCCGGCGGCCUGGCUGCACGUAUACUUUUAAGAAUAAAGCUGAUAUGGAAAAACACAAAACCUACCACAUCAAAGACGAAGCCCUAUCAAAAGACGGCUUCAAGAAGUACAUGAAGAACGAGGCCUGCCCGUACCGCGACUGCCGCUUCAGCCGCACCUGCAACCACAUCCACUGCAUACGGCCGCACUGCAACUACGUGCUGCACUCCAGCAGUCAGAUCUUCACGCAUAAGAGGAAGCAUGAGCGGAAGGAGCAGGAGAUGAGUUUCGGGCUACCGACAUCUGUGAUUCAAAGCGCGCUAAUUCAGCAAGGGGCUGACCUCAGCAUGUACUCUCCUGGGACUAAUCUGCAUAUUGACGAUGAUAUGUCCAACUCAAUGGCGGACUCGGACUAUUAUCCAUUCAACCCGGCUUUAGUGGAAGAGGUUUCUCGUAAAUACAUAGAAACAUUCAACGGAGGGACGGAAGAGGAAGACAAAUGCGGCAAAUGCAGUGCCUUUAACAAGCACUAUCAUUGCUUGGCAGAAAACUGCAAGAUGGCCCACAGCUGUCAUAAUACUAUGGUGAAACACGCAAUGGAACAUGAACAACAGAACCAAGUGACUGAAGCCUACUUCAUGACCUACUCGAGGAAUAAUGCUUGCUCCAACUCCGCCUGCCAACAUAUCAGGGACAUUACACACUAUCAUUGCACUUGGGAAAAUUGCGGAGCAGUUAUUCUCUCAUCAGAAGAACAUCCAUUUAGACGUCUAGAGCACCAUCGUCAGCACGCAAUCCUGAGCCCUAUGUCUCCCAAUUUAGCGGCGAGAUUCGCUCCCAACUUCACGCCGCAGCUUUCAGCACAGCUGCACCCGAAUAUGGCAGCUCAGCUGGGUCAAGUCCCGAACAUGCCCAAUCUUCCUCCAAACUUGGCACAGCUAGCACAAAUGACGCCAAGUCUGACCUCGCAGUUAACUCCGAAUUUGCAAGCUCAGCUUAAUCUUGGACCUAACCACGGACUGGUUCCUCAACAUGUCAAUCCGUCGAGCUCACUGGAUGAGAUGUUCAGUAGGAAGCGAGGAAGGCCUCCCAAGAAUAGGGUGGUUGAAGUUUGGACUGACAAUGUGACUCCUCAAGCGAUAUUUACAUCAUUCAAACUGCCAAAGAGCAAUCAACUACCUCUACCACCCGUCCCUCAAGCUCCUGUUAUAACUACAAUUGAAGAGUUUCCUCGCAUCAAAUUCCAACACUUCGAAGUCUUCACAACACCCGAUGCCUGCUCGCAGUCAUAUCCUAACUGUCAACUAAGAAUGACGAGACUACAUCUCCACUGCUUCAACUGCAGUUUUGCUGGUGAAACACACAUCAUCAUGGAAACACACAUGAGAGAAUCUCACUCUGUCAUCCCUCUAUUAGAAGGGUUUGACUACUUUGCUUCCUUCGACCAUUGUGGCGGAAAGAGCUGCUUUAAAAACCAGCUACGUAACCACUUCCAUUGUGCUCAAGGGAACAAUUGCCCUGCAAUUUUGACUCAAUACUCGGCCUUGGCUACUCAUAAACACGGAAGAGGAACUCCGGUUAUCAAGAGUGAAACAGAACAGGACAGACCUUUUGAGGAAGUGAAAGACUAUUCUUUAAAAGAACGAGCUUCCGUAGACAGCGUCGUUUCUAUGAAAGAACCUAAUGAAUCGUAUACACCCACAAAUUUCUCGAUUAAGAGUGAAUUUGAUAGAGAACAAGAUAACAUGUCGGUAGUAAAAGCGACGGGAACCUUCUAUCCGUCGUCUCACCUCAGAAGCAACACGUCUUCUCCUCGGAGCAUCUAUGAUGCUUCCCCAUCAAAAGACCUCAAGCUCCGUAUGGACUAUGAUAAGAAGCCCUUCGAUGCUUCAAAGUCUGGGCCAACGAUCCCGCCAUCAUGUCAUGACCAAGCUUGUCCUCUGAACAAGAAUGCUGGAGUGAUGAAUCUGCAUUAUCACUGUCCUCAUUGUAAUCAGCCAUAUGUGGAUCUGAAGGUGCUGUUCAGCCAUAUGGUGAAGAAGCAUAGUAAUGCCAUGGACGGUGGACCUGCUGGCUUAGCAGCUACUAAGGAGACUUUGGAAAGGGAAUAUCCAGAAAUCUCCAUUUUGCCAUCAACGGCAUCAUCAUCAGGAACUAGUCAAGUGCCGUCACCUGGCCACAGACCACCGAAUCCAGCCGAACAGGUUCAAGCCGUCCAAAGCCUGCUACUGCAGCAGUACCUGUCCGGCGGUAGGAAGGGCAGCCUGCAGGAGCAGUUGAAGAUGCAGCAGCAGUACACCGCGUCGCUGGCCGGGCUGCCGGGGCUGGCGCAAGUGGCUCUGUUCUCGCAGGGUGGCUCCCCCUUCCCACUGUACCCGACGAUGCUGUACCCGCCCGAGUUACUCCUAGAGCAGAGCCUGUUACAAGGUCAUGGCAUGCCACCAGGCAUGGACAAAGAGGCUGAGAUGAUUGCCAAAACGAGACGUACACACACCACCAGAGGGCCCCACAUGCGGGUGUUGAAAGACGAGCCCAUCCCUGAGGGCUACCUGCGGUUCAGAUUCAACGAAGACUGUGCUUACCAGCAUUGUGGAUACAGGGAGCACCAAACCCACUUCCACUGCACCCGCAAAGACUGCGGCUACUCGUUCUGUGAUAAAACCAGAUUCGUGCAACACACCGCCCGACAUGAGAGACUGGACACUUUGAUGGGCGGAGAUUUUCAGCAAUACCGAGCCAACGUGUACUGCCAGCGCCCGGACUGUCCCCACGCGUCUACUUUUGGAACAGGCCAGAACAAAGCCUCCCACUUCCACUGCCUCAAGUGUGACUUCGUGUGCACGGACACCAACAAGGUGGUCGCUCAUCGCCGACAACACCAGAAGCUGGACAGCAUCCAGGCUGCUGGCUUCGAGAAGUUCCCGCCCAGUAAAGCAUGCGGCUACGAGCCCCAAUGUAUCCACAGCAAGAAGCAAACCCACUACCACUGCCUGCAGUGCGGCUUCGCCGUGCUAGGCCUCUCUCAGAUGACGUCACACAAGUACAAGCACCAGGAGGCCAACCUCGGCCCGUCCACCAGCGCCACCAACUGACUAGCGACCCUAUGACGGAGAGGAUAAAGUCUAAUUCAGACUGGGCGUUGUGAACUGGAUAGGAGGUGUUCAAAAAUAUUAAGCAUCCAGAGGUAUUUGCACUAGCGCCACCAGCUGAAUCGCGACCUUACGGCUCAAAGAUAAAGUCCAGAUUGGACUGGACGAAUAUAGUGAAACUAGAUUAAAGAUUUGAUAUGACUUACAAACAUGAUUUGUAAACAAAAUACUUAACAAAUAUGUUACUGUGUUUUGGAUAUGGACAUUGACGGAAACUGCAUGUGUGUUGCAUAUAAAAUUGUCAUUUUAUACCUAAAGAUUGACUUUGUCUAAACGAGAGCAAUAAUUUUGAAAAGGUUCGAUUGUAAAGUGUAUUUGUCCCUCAAAAUAGUGCCUUAGACGCUUUGAACGGAUUUAGUGGCAAAAAAGUGCCAAAUUAAAUUAACACUAUUCAGAUUGUUAGAUUUUGUAAGCAAAGCCUAUUCCACUAGCAGAAGAGGCGUAAAUAUAUAAAAAAUAAUUAUUAAUUUAACUGUAUUUAUUCUAUUAAAUAGAAAUCGUAGUGUGAGAACAAUUUAAAAUAAUAGAACAGGGUUUGAAGAUUUCAGUUAGUCUAUUUAAACUGGAAAAUUGCAUUUUAGAGACAUUUUAUGCAUUCACGCCUUUUUGUGGAAUAGGGCACGUAUUUAAAAUUAUAUUCUACAAAAUGUGUAUGAAAAAAACGGUUUUAGAGGGGAUAAAAUUCUAAAAUAGUUACAAAAUUGCAUGAUAUAUUUAAAGUGUGUAUUUUCCUAAAUCCUGACCAAUCUUAGAUGAUAGUUUAUAUAAAAUUAUAUAUUUAUUACUAUCCCAAGAAAAGACAUUUUUACGAAUAGUAUUAUUAAUUUAGGCUUCGUAAAAUUUGAAAGUAAGGCAUUAAUUUUGGUUGAACGCCAUCGUGCCUGAAACCUGACGUGACAAUACCGUGGUAACUGACAGAGUACAAAACGUACUAAAUUACAAAAUUCCCUGUCAAAAUUACCGCUAUAGGUUAACUCGAAAAUUAUAACUUAACAAAAAAAUAUUUAAAAAUCGUCAAUUUUAUAAACAAUGUAAAUAAGAAUUUAGAGUAUAUUAAAAAUCAUUGUUAAUAAAAAAUAUAUUGGUAUAGUAUGUAUAAAAAAUUGGAUCUGUACAGAUAUAAAUGAAUCAAGUGCUAACGUUUGUGAUUCGUGAGGUAGCCAUAAAAUGCCAUAUUCAUACAAAUAUUUUAGUAAUAAUCGCUGAAAUUAAUUUAAAACAGUAUUAAUUUAGUCAGAAGUGUCCUUCGGAAAUCACCUUUUGCAUUCCUUUAUUAUUCCCGGUAUUAAAUAGGUCUACAUCUCAAAAGUUACUGCACCAACACCAAAAGUUUAAGCGUCUGUGUUCAGUAUAAACUACCAAGGAUCGCCUAUAACAUUUUAAUAGAUUUCUAAAAGGGCCCACAGAUUACCAGUUCGCCGGACGAUAUCAG